AUGGCCGAUACAUCACAGGUUGCUUCAGCUGAGAAGACCCCUCUCCGCCGUGCCUGGUGGAAGGAAUCUUCGGUCUAUCAGAUCUAUCCCGCAUCUUUCAAAUCAGCCAACUGCACCGUGGACAAGGCUUCGGGUACUGUAAAAGGUGAUCUUCGCGGCAUCAUCUCAAAGCUGGACUACAUCGCCAGUCUUGGAGUGGAUAUUGUGUGGCUCAGUCCCAUCUUGCAGUCUCCACAAGUGGACAUGGGAUACGAUAUCUCUGACUACCAUGCCAUUUAUCCGGGAUACGGCACCAUGGAAGACCAUGAUGAGCUUAUCAAAGGGCUACACGACCGUGGCAUCAAAUACGUGAUGGAUCUAGUGGUCAAUCACACGUCUGAUCAGCACGAGUGGUUCAAGCAAUCGCGUUCCUCCAAAGACAACCCGUAUCGCGAUUGGUACAUUUGGCGGCCGCCACGCUACGACGGCGACGGCAAUCGCAUUCCACCCAACAACUGGGAAUCGGCGUUCUCUGGCUCUACCUGGACCUACGACGAAGCCACGGACGAAUACUACCUCCACCUUUUCGCAAGUGCGCAGCCCGACUUGAACUGGGAGAAUUCGGCGGUCAGAGACGCUGUUCAUUCCAUGAUGCGAUUCUGGCUAGAUCGUGGUGUGGACGGCUUCAGGAUGGAUGUCAUCAACUUCAUCUCUAAAGAGCCUGGCUUGCCGGACGGAGAAAUUACACGGCCUGGUUUCUUGCAAUCUGGUACCAAGUAUUUCGCGUGCGGUCCACGGUUGCAUGAGUACUUGCGCGAGAUCGGGGCGAUCCUCAGAGAGUAUGACGCAUUCUCGGUGGGUGAGAUGCCCGGGGUGGAAGACACCAAGGAGAUCCUCAAGGCUGUGGGACAAGAUCGCGGCGAGCUCGCAAUGGUGUUCCAAUUCGACAUUGUGGGCAUGGACGUCAAACCCGGCGGGAUCAAGUGGGAUCAUCAGGACUUUGAUCCACGGAACUUGAAGCACAUCGUGUCCAAGUGGCAGUCAUUUAUGCUCCAGAACGCAGGAUGGAACGCCGUGUUUAUGGAGAACCACGACCAAGGACGGACUGUUUCCCGGUAUUGCGACGACAGCGAUGCCUACCGGACCAAGUCAGCCAAGUUGCUGGCUGCACACAUGGGUCUUCUGUCUGGCACCAUCUUUGUGUACCAGGGCCAAGAAAUGGCCCAGAUCAAUGUGCCCGAGAACUGGGGUAUGGACGAGUACAAGGACAUCGAGGAACUCAAUCACUGGAAGACGGUGCUGAGGGACUUUCCCCACGACAAAGAGAAACAAGCCGCCUAUAGGAGACAGUAUCGGCUGAUUGGGCGUGACAAUGCCAGGACGCCAAUGCAAUGGACGUCCGAUGCAGACACCUACGCCGGUUUCCUGCCUGAUGGGGCUUCCAAGGAUGCAAAACCCUGGAUGUCCAUCCACCCGGACUUUAGAGAGUGGAAUGCCGAGGCGCAGCUGGCCGACCACGACAGCGCAUUCCAUUAUUGGCAGCGCGUACUCCAGCUCCGCAAGCGGUACAAGGACGUGUUUGUGUACGGCGAUUUCGAGAUGCUGGACUUGGACAACGAGUUUGGCACCGUGGUCGCCUAUCUGAGGACAGAAGAUUCGGCAAAAGCAGACCAUCCGGACUCAUCGGCCACGAGCGUCGAGAAGGCCAGGAAGUGCCUCGUCGUAACGAACUUCUCGGGCCAGGAGAUAUGGUGGAGUCCGCCGGCCAAGGCGGCACCAGUCUUGUUUGAUGAAGCCGGGCUGAAGAGAGGUGCUAUUCUGGACGAGUUCCGCAACUACACGCGCAAUGGGGAGAGCGCCAAUGAGGUACGAAGAGACAGUGGACAGGAUAGAAGUUGGGCGAUGUUGUUGCGGCCGUGGGAAGUUGUGGUUGCAUUGGGAUGA